CGGAAAAAUACGAAAUUAGGGUUCUUCGGAAGAAGAUGGAGGUCGCAGCUGUCGCUGCGCCUUCUCCGAGCUUCUGGAGGCAUGGCGCUGCUGGAUCCGCUGGCGCCGCGGAGCUCCAGUUUAGGGGGUGCAAGAAUGCGGGCCGGGAGCUCACGAAAUUGAGGGUAUUUCUUUGCUCCAGCUCAAUUCAGGAUUCCAGGAGUAAGCCGUGGAACGAUGCGAAUUUGGCGCGGGAGCUCCGGGAAUUCAUGGUAGCUAAUGGACUUCCUUCUGAUAAAGUUCCAAGUACAAAGGAGCUAGCGAGCAAUGGACGCCAAGAUCUUGCCAACGUUGUGAGACGCAGAGGCUACAAAGCCAUCGCACAGCUCUUAGCUUCGACUCCCGUCUCGAGCCAGCCUGUUGUUGGAAACAUUGUGGAUGAAAGUUGUGAUGCUCUACAGCCGCAAGUCGAGAACGAUGUUGUUCUUAACGGUUCUGCCAGGACAGAAGAUGAAGAGAGAGCCAGCCAUCACCAGCUUGAGUAUCUCGAUGUAAUAAGGCCGCCUUCUCCAGAUGUUCUUGGAGUAGAUUCGAGCCAGGUCUUGGAAGAAAAAGCUGAGAAGUUCCUACGUACGGGAGAGUUCUCUUCGGAUCAAGAAAACGAGGCUUUAAGCACGACUGAAGAAUCUGACAGCGAGGACGAAGCCUUGGAAAUGGUUGCACUGAGAAAAGCAGCGCUGCUACGAUCGAAGCUCACACCCUUCAUCAGCUCCAGGGAGACGGUUUCUCAGGACGAACAAAUAGCUAGCGAGAAACUAUUUGCUACUACCAAUAAAGUCCAAGAUCUCUUAGAGAAGGACAAGGGUCUUCAAUCCCAGUCGAAGGACCAAGCUCCGGUGUUUUCAGAGGAUCUGAAAGUGAAGAUAGAGUGGUGGGGUGUAGCUUCCAAAGUCGAGCUCGCCGGAAGCUUCAAUGGCUGGCAGCACUUUUUCGUGCUGGAGCCCGAUCUUUCGUCCGAGAUCGUCAAACCAGACGGAUCAAGGUGA